AUGGGAGACGCCAAGACUAACGGCUCCGCGCCGAAGAAGCAGCUCAUCCUCAAUGCCUUUGCCAUGAACACACCAGGACAUCUGGCCCCUGGUCUUUGGCGACAUCCGCGAAACCAAACCAACAACUACAAGAAGCUGAGCUUCUGGACCGAUCUCGCUCAACUGCUUGACAGGGCUGGAUUUCAUGCUCUAUUUCUUGCUGAUGUCCUUGGAUGCUAUGAUGUCUACAAGGGUCCGGCAAAUACCACGCCUGCCCUAGGCGCGGGAGCACAGUUUCCGGUCAACGAUCCACUGUAUCUAGUGCCGGCAAUGGCGGCGGUAACGAAGAAUCUCGUCUUUGGCAUAACAGCCAGUACGACCUAUGAACAGCCUUACUCCUUGGCUCGGCGGUUUUCGACAGUUGACCAUCUCAGUAACGGCCGUGUUGCAUGGAACAUUGUAACAUCCUACCUUGACAGUGCAGCCCGCAACUUUGGCUUGUCGCAGCAAGUUGAGCACGACACACGGUAUGAAAUCGCCGAGGAGUAUAUGGAUGUACUGUAUAAGCUCUGGGAAGGCAGUUGGCGCGACGACGCUGUGGUGGAGGACCGCGUAACGGGGACUUAUGCCGUCGGCGCGCGAGUCCGCGAGAUCAACCACCACGGGAAACACUUCAACGUGCCGGGGCCUCAUAUCUGCGAGCCGUCGCCUCAGCGGACGCCGUUCCUGUUCCAGGCUGGCACAUCUAAGACUGGUCGCGCAUUUGGUGCCAAACACGCUGAAGUAAUCUUCGCUGGUGCUCAACUUCCGGAGAAACUACGUCCGUCCGUGGAUGCUAUACGUCAACUUGCCAAAGAGGCAGGCCGAGAUCCACAGCAUGUGAAGGUGAUCGCAAGCAUAUGCGUAAUAGUGGCUGCAACAGACGAAGAAGCUGAGAGAAAGCAUCAAGAAUAUCUGUCUUACGGAGACAAGGAGGGUGCUCUUGCGCUCUUCGGCGGCUGGACAGGUAUUGAUCUGUCUACGUAUUCCGACGAUGAAGAUUUCCGCUUUGUCAAGAAGCCUAUGAUUCAGUCAAUCGUGAAUGGCUGGGCGGAUACGGUGCCAGGGAGUAAAGAUCUCAAGUGGAACAAAUCCCGUAUCGCUGAAUAUUUGCUUGUGGGAGGACUGAAUGGGAAAGCCAUAGGGUCACCAACAACUGUUGCGGAUGAGCUUGAGCGUUGGGUCGAAGUGGCAGAUAUCGACGGUUUCAAUCUCAAUCAUGUGACCAAUCCGGGGUCCUUUGAGGAUAUCAUUGAAUAUUUGCUGCCUGAACUCAGGAAGCGAGGUAUUUUCCGCAAUGGUGUGGAACAGGAAGGGCUGACGGCUCGCGAACAAUUCUUCGGCUCGGCAUCUCUCCUGAGUGAUCAUCCUGGGAGUAAAUACAAAUGGUCGAAGGAGCAUGAAAUUCCUCCCUACCAGCAAAAGGGAGGUAGUUGA